AUGGCUCAAUGGUUAAAGGCGCCUGGUCUUGCUAUUGCUAUGACUGGGUUCGAAUACAAAGAGAUCCCCGCCUAUCAUAUGCAAUACACCAACUCCAAUGAAAAGAACGUCGGACUGCACAGCAACUACCAGAAUUUGAUGAGAAGGAAUGCGAAGUGGAACGAAUACACACGAACCAGCCAGGGAUCACCAGGAGCAAUGCUCUUACAUAAGCAUUUGGAACAGGAGGUGGAUAGUUUGGCAGAGAAGAGACUGUCCAUGAACAUCAGCGUUGAUCCAACAACAACACUACAUCAACAUUGUAACUGA